UGUGAAAUUCCGCUGAAUUUGUGCGGCAAGGUGCGGCAAUCCAAAGAGAGCGUGAGGGCAUGGCGACGGGUGAAUCUAGUUCGUAGAUUAAUGACUAUCAGCAGGAAGAGGAAGAGGAGUCUCCUGCGGCAACGGGCGUGGGUCGUGUGGAGAAGCUGAUUGACAUAUAUGACAGCAUGGGCUUGGGUCCUACGACGACGGAGGAACUACUGUUGGACGAUGAUGAGGAAUCAGAGUUCGACUCCAAUGAGGCGGACAAAGAGGUGGACACAUUCCCUGUGGUUGGCAUGAUUCCUACGGAUAAAGUGGUGAAAUUCUGGAUUUUUCGUGACCUGAUGGCGGCUCUGUGGCAUUAAGACAAAGGAGUGUUGAUCCAAGAGCGGUGAGAGGAGAUCUGAAACUCUUGUGUUAUGCCAUGGACGGUGUCGCCAGUGUGGGAAGCGGCGGCGAUCAGGGGGCGGCGAUGAGUGGAAAUGAUGGGCCGUCAAGGAUGCGGCAGCAGGCGGCGAGGGCGGCAACGGGCGGCACAUUCACCGGCGAGGGCGGCGACGGGCGGCACAUUCACCGGCGAGGGCGGCGACAGACGGCGUCGUCUCCGGUGAGGGCGGAGGCAGGAUCCGGCGGCGGGCGGUUUGGCUCUGGCGGUGGCAGUGUCACUGCUAGGGUUUCAAUAGUUUUUAAUUUUACAUUUUUAAAAUUUAAAAUAUUAGAAGAGGGGUAUUUUAGUCUACUACUCUGAAAAUGGUCCUAUGAAACAUAUGAUUCGUUUAUAGUCCUAAGUGGACAAUUAACUUUACUAUUAGUCCUAUUUGAGGCAUUAACUCUAUUAUAUUCCCUCCCGUCAUAAAUAUAUUUAACAUUUUUAUUUCACACAAAUUAAUGAAAUAAAUUUGGUUUACCGUAGAGUACACUGUUGUGACACUGUUUGACACUGUUUUGCACUGUUUUGAUGUAGAUAAUUUGCCAAAUAAGGAAGAGAGAAGAAGUGCGAAGUUUAUUUUGGACCUACGCAAAAAAGGAAGCGUGAAGUUUAUUUAGGACAGAAAGGAGUAUUAUUAUUAUCAUCCCUUUGAGUGAUAUUUUCUCAUUUUGUUAAUUUUGUACUUCCGAUUAAUAUUGCAUAUAUUAAAUUUGGCAAUGUUUAUAUAGUUGUAAAUCAUUUGUAAUUUAUUAAAUCAAUGUCUAUCAUACAAAUUUAAUAUUGUCGAUAGCCACAUCACC